GACGCACGCUGCGUUCGACCCUCCUCACCUAGGGUUUGCACUUUGUUAAGGAAACAUUGGUUUCUCAUGAUCCAAGUGCACAGACGUUGUACUAGUAAAGUAAACUGACGAUGCCAACGCAAAGUGUACUUGUCCGAGAUCCCUCUUUUCUGGCGCGGGCUCUGCAGCAAUACUUGAGUUUGUUAAAGAAAUAUCCAAUCAUCACCAAAUCGAUUACGAGUGGUAUUCUAUCUGCUUUGGGAAAUCUUCUGUCUCAAGCUUUGGAGUACAGGAAGAACAGGGGAGAAAACAGCCCAAAAAAGAAAAUCAGCGUUCUGGGACCUGUACACUUUGCAGUUUAUGGACUUUUUAUCACAGGUCCAGUCAGUCAUUACUUCUACCAUCUCCUGGAGGUGCUUUUGCCAACCACUGUCCCAUACUGCCUGAUCAAGCGCCUUCUGCUGGAACGUCUCAUAUUCGCUCCUGCUUUCCUCUUGCUCUUCUAUGUGGUUAUGAAUGCUUUGGAGGGCAAGACAAUCACCGAUGUUCAAUACAAACUUAAAACAAGUUACUGGCCUGCGAUGAAGAUGAACUGGAAGGUUUGGACCCCGUUUCAGUUCAUCAACAUCAACUAUGUACCUGUACAGUUUCGAGUGCUGUUUGCCAACCUGGUUGCCUUAUUCUGGUAUGCCUAUCUAGCAUCUGUCAGGAAAUGAAACCACAAAACCAGCUACAAUGGGCCUCGGCUGGUUUAAGAUGAAUCCAGUUUGUGCCUUUAAAGGACUGAUGUGUAUCAGAGAUGUUUUAAAUGUCUUCCAGGAAAACUGAAAGGGAAUAUUGGUCAGUUUCUGUAAAAUAACUGUGAUGUAGAUCAGUAUUCAGAUUGUACUGCUACUUCCACUGACUGUUACUGAAUUAUUGCUCUGAUUUGAAACAUUUUAGAAAAAAAUCUGCCCCGAGAUUCAUUAUGCUCAUACUGAGUGUCUUUCUACUGCUUGUGGAGGCACUGACAAUGAUUAUUGUAUUUGAUUAAUUAAAAAACAAAACAAAA